GUUUUAGGAUCGGGGACAAGUGGUUUUUAUUCAGAAUUUGCAAUCAUUUGAGUUCCCGUGUGGUUCCUAAUGUUGUCGGAUAAGAAGACAUGUUGGACGACACAUACAAAAAACAGUCUUCCACACAGCUGUGCUACGAAUGUAAACCGUAUCUCGAUACCUGUUCCAGAUAUCGGAGAACUGGUGAAUCGCAAAGGUUUAAUAAAUGCUCUUGUGAAUAAGGCAACACCAUUGAGUAUAUAUACGCGUAUUAAUUUAGCGAGACGCAAUUCAAAAGUGGAUACAGACAGUAACACAGUAGAUGGUACAAACGACAAACAAUCGUGUUCGUUGUGUAGCAGCAAGAUGUUUUGCCUGUGUCGGAAUUGUGUCAAUCACAAAAUCAAAUUUGUUGAAAGGUACGGUUUGCAAAGAAGAAAACAAUUCAGGAGGCAAAAUUUCCUUCGUGAAAUCGGAGAAAUUUUGGAAUAUGAUAUUUCUCUGGGCGAAGCGUUGCACUCAACAUAUGAAUCCAUUGAAUAUUUGAAGCAAAAUAUUCUUGACAAGAAGAAAGCUAUAAAAAAGAAAAGUGAUGCUGUCAAAAUUAUAUGCAGCAAAACCGAAAGAUAUCGUAGGAUAAUCGAAGAGCUUAAGGAACGAUGCCUUGGACACCAAAAAGUUCUUUGUGGACCACCAAAUUCAUUACAAGCGUUUGUCGAUGCAUAUGAGGAUAAGUUGCAAAAAAUUGUGAAAUUCAAUGCACAAUGGUUUUUAAAGAUUUUCCCUAUACAGCGGGUCAUAAAACCCGAACCUAUCGUAGAUGAAAUGGAAAGACGUUGUCGGGAAAUGAUUGCAGAAGCAUGUCAAGAAGAAUUUACUCCAUCGACAGAUAAAGCGCUGGCUCCAAUGGAAUGUGGAACUUCUUCAGAACAUUGUUACACGGUUUGUGAUUGUGACGCACCAGAUCGAGUCCAGUACAAAAUUUUGAAAGGAUGGCUGAGCAUAGGUAUUCCAACCGCACCUGUUGCUCGACCGGUUCACAAUAUGUUCGCUGCAUUUGUUUAUACUAUCCAGCUUGUUAAUUUGCUAACCGUUAAUUUUGAUGUAUGCAUACCUGAGCAGAUAUCAUAUCAAGAAUUCUCAGCAUGCAGAAAAUGGACAGAAGGUUUAUUUGAUACGGACAUUUUCAAACUGAACCGUGCAGUUGUAAUGCUAUGUCUGAGCUUAGGUAUUGAGUCAAAAUUAAUCGAACCGCUUAAUCCAUUCGCUAAUCUUCUGCUUCUCAGCAAUAUUAUGAAUGAUCCUAAUUCUGUUCCCAAGCCAGGACAUCAUACAUUGGCUAAUGAACUGGCAGUUGUUUUGGAAGAAGAUCUUAGACAGAUUUCUUGGGCAGAACGUGAGCGAAUGGAAGAAGAUGAGUGGUAUAUGGUACGAUAUAGAGAUAAUUAUUAUGAUGAAACAUAUGAUAUUUCAUCGCCUUUGAGAUCAAUCCCAUCACUGAAUGAUUUGGAAGAAAUGCUUCGUGAUUUCUCAGCUUUUGCAUUACCAUCAAGUCGUAUGUCCGAGCAUGAUUUCCAGUGUAUUCUUGAAGAUGCAAGCCGUCAGCAUUCACCCGAGUUUCUUCCUCGUGUUCUUAACAUUUUUAGGAAUUUUAGUUCGAAAUGA